AUGAUAGCCGCACUCAAGUUCAGAAACAACUAUUGCAGGAGAUUCAUGUCGACUUUCGCUAGAUUACCCAAGAGAUCGUCCUUGCCCAAGGCUCUUGAUCCUGAUAACGCUAUCAAGACCGAGGAUAUAGCUGCAGAAAACGAAAAGAAUGUCAUAAGGCAACCCAGAAUUCUUCACGAGGGCGCUUUCUCUUGGUCUAUCCCCGAAGAACGCAAAGAAUACAAGUUCAUCACGGCAAGCAAACCAGCACUCCAUGAUUUAGGCUUACCAGAUAACGAGGAACAGGAUCCAGAAUUCAGGAAAAUUGUGAGUGGUGAGUUCUAUCACGACUUGUCUUUCAGGAAGAAAGACUUUCCGUUCCCAUACGCUCAAGCGUACGCUGGAUGGCAAUUCGGACAGUUUGCUGGACAGUUGGGUGAUGGAAGGGUGCAUAACUUGUUUGAAAUCCCUAAACCAAAGGAUAAUAAGCUGCCUUCAACAAAGUUCAACAGGAAGGAGUAUGAAGUGCAGCUAAAGGGAUCUGGGAAGACUCCAUACUCUCGGUUUGCCGAUGGCAAAGCUGUCAUCCGCUCUUCUAUUCGUGAAUACAUCAUCUCAGAGCAUUUGAACCAGAUUGGGAUCCCUACAACCAGAGCAUUAUCUCUCACUUACCUCCCGCAAACGCUAGCUCAAAGGUACGCCGCGGAGAGGUGUGCCAUAGUAUCGAGGUUUGCGGAGUCGUGGAUCAGAUUGGGUACUUUCGAUUUGUAUAGAUGGAGGUUCGAUAUGUUUGGUCUUCGGAAAUUGGCUGACUAUGUCAUUGAAGAGCUUUUCACGAUAGAGGAGGGCGGGAAAAUGGUCGAGUUCCCCUUUUUGGAACAGACACUCGAAGCCAAUCCGGCCUUCAAGAAUGACAUUCAAAAGGGUCUUAAAACUUUGACAAAGUAUGAUAAGAUGUACUUCGAGAUCAUUGUGCGUAAUGCCAUGACCACGUCCAUGUGGCAAUGCUACGGCUUCCUUAAUGGUGUUUUGAAUACCGAUAACACAUCAGUGAUUGGCCUUUCGAUGGACUUUGGACCAUUUAGCAUAAUGGAUAGAUAUGAUCCAGAGUACACACCCAAUUCGGAGGAUCAUCAGGGUCGGUAUAACUACGCCAAUACACCUACAGCCAUUUGGUGGAAUCUUACUAGAUUGGGCGAAAACUUGGCACAACUCAUUGGUGCUGGAACUGAGCUUGUUGACAACCCCCAAUUCAAGGCCAAUCAAUUUCAGAAAGGCUGGGAGGACAAAGUUGUGAAGAGAGCGUCAAAAGUCAUCGAGAUUGGAGGAGAAAUGUACAUGUACGCUUUCACGAAGAAGUAUGUUGAGACCUUUUUCAAUAGACUUGGCUUGCUGCACAAGCUCAUAGACAUCCAGGACCCUGAGAAACAAAAUGCUGAUUUAUUGGCGCCCAUGUUAGAUGUUCUCAAGAAGGUGAGAUGCGACUAUAACAAAUUCUUCGUUCAAUUGCAAGAGGCCAGAGUCGAGUCCGCUGACUUCAAUAUUGAUGACUUCGCUCAGUCAGUUUUGCUAAAAGAAGUCAGUGAGCACGAGCAUUACCCCAGGGACGAAUUAGCUCAGGAAGUAAAAAAAUGGGUACAAAAAUACCAAGGGUAUGUCUCGAAGACUUUGGAAAAAGAGGGCUUUGAAAGAUAUGAUAGAAGCUCGAGAUAUAAUCCGUUAUUCUUACCCAGAAACUGGAUUCUAGCCGAAGUUAUCGAAAGAGCUGAAGAAUCAAAGUGUGAGGAUGUUGCCUUGUUGAAGAAGCUUGAAAAGAUGGCUUUCAAUCCAUUCGACCCAAGCAAAUGGGGUAGUGAAUUGAAGGAUUACGAGCAAAGGUGGAUGUUGCAAAGUGAUGUUGGAGAAGACAAGUCUAUGCUACAAUGCAGCUGUGCCAGUUAA